AUGGCAAUGACUGCUCCUGUGGUUAAAGUUGAACCACGAACCACUACUGUUACAACUUCAUCAACAGAAGGGCAUCCAUUCGCGCAACUACAGUCCCUAACCAACACCAAUGUGGUCGCGAUUAGAUCUUUGAAUUUAUCUUCAGGAGUCGAUAUAAACUCCCCGGACGAUGUUACGGUUAGUAAAGAACCUUUAUGUUGUGAUUUAUAUGGGAUAUGCAUUGAUAUGCUAUACAAAUAUUUCUAUGUUUAUAUGUGUGGUGCCAUGUAUAUUGUAUAAAAUCCCAUUCUAUAGUUAUCACUAGUAUUAAAUCACAACCUACCGGGAGGCUUAUAGUUAUAAUGUUUAGUAAAUUACCUUAUUAUAGUAUAUUGAGGGCUUUGAAAGGCAGUUUUAAGCCCCAUACUAAAAAAAGGGUUUGUUAUUCACGUAUUUUGUUGACGUUGUCGUUUAUGGAGAGUUGAUAAAAUUACGUUCAUUGAAUUGACGAACCACCUGUUGAACUUAAUCAUACGUUGCCGUUGGAUAUUUAUAAUAUGUUGUUAACAAAGCGCAAUCUUCUUAAGAUAAAAUGAAACAAAUUAAAAGAGUUUUUAAAUAUAGUAUAGAGAAUUUGCUAAACUAAUUCAAAUCAGUGUAUCUACUUAUAUGCGCAAGGUCACGUUUCGCAUAAUACAUAGUAUCAAUUUUCAUUGCCCGACAUUGGCCAUACUCCAUCUUUUUCAAACUGCGUCAGUUAUAGUAAAUAUUUUUAGGAUCUGCAGUUUCAGAUAUUUUACUGUGAUAUUAUGUUGCAAGAAAAACCAAGGCAUUUUUAUAAGUAAAACUUAGUGUUGUUAUCUUGUGACUGGCACUUGUGAACAAAGAAAGCCCGCCGAAUCAAUAUUACAUGACGGUGCCAAGUCAGUACACGAAUACAAAACAGUUCAACCAAAAUUCCAAAAAUACUUCCUAAAUUUGGUUUUUCUUGUAUUAACUAUUGCAGUGUUAUCCUUGGACUUAGACAUAUAAUAUUUAUAGGCAUUAUAUACUGUAUACAGUCAAUGUAAUACAUUAAUUAAACAAUAUACUGAUUAUGUUUUCGUCAGUGCGACUACAUGAAUAAACUGUUCAACGAAAAUAUGCUUUCCUAAAUUUGGUUUUUCCUGUAACCAUCACAGACACAGCUUUCCAUAUAAACAUUAAUAUUGAAGGACAGUGUAUAUAUUGUUUUGGUAAUCUAAUAUUUUAACAAACAACACUGAUAAUUAUUUCGUUUAUUUCCUAUUAGGUAAGAACCGAAAUGGAAAGAUAUUUACCAGCUGUACCCUCACCGAUAAGUCCUUUUUCAUUCCCAAGCUGCAGACGAAAAUUUCGAAGAGAGAGCGCGAAUGUUGUCAGUGAAUUUUUCAAUUUUGAUAACUCUGUGAAAGUUGAAGAAGUCAAAGAACGAGAAUUGAAAGAAAGUGUUUUUCUAAAUAUAGGCGAUCAUGAGAAAAUUAUCACAUCUAACUCAGAAAAUGGACAAGUUUCAGUAGACAUUAAUUUUAAUCAAUUUCGUCCACCACAGAUCAGAAAUUGUAUGGUUGUCUACCCACCAACACCACCAAGUUCAAAUCCAGGUUCCCCAGAGAAUGCAAUCCCUCGGUCAGCAAUACUUAUGCACCCACCUCCUGCAUAUGCUACACUAACUACAGGUCGGCGUGCGGCUGCAGCUGACUUACAACGGCGUAGAAUACACCACUGUGACCAUCCUGGGUGUAACAAAGUGUACACAAAAAGUUCGCACCUCAAAGCUCACCAAAGGACACAUACAGGGGAAAAACCAUACAAAUGCUCAUGGGAAGGAUGUACGUGGCGAUUUGCCCGGUCAGAUGAACUUACCAGACAUUUUCGGAAACAUACUGGAGCCAAACCAUUCAAAUGCCAGCAUUGCGAACGAGCAUUCAGUAGAUCAGAUCAUCUUGCAUUGCAUAUGAAGAGACAUACACAGUGAGGACUGAUCUCUUGUAAAUAUAUAUGUUUGUUUCAAAGUAUUUUCUGUUCUUUUCUGUCUCAACCUUUGAACAAAACCAGAACUGUAGAUCAGUUCUUGUUCCAUUUUAUACAUAAUUAUGGAGAGGCAUGUACAGUUAAGUCUAAGGACCUCUUAACCUGCGAUGCAGACUCUAGGACCUCAGAAAGUCUAUUACUAGCUAUAUUUUCAUUUACCAUUCAUUCAAUGUGCAAAGAUAAUAUUCUAUGGUAGUCGGCUGACUCAGCUCUAUCUUCAUUCUCCAUUCAUUUUGUAAAGACAAAGACUCAAAGUGGCUUCUAUCUUUUUCUGAACAUUCUCUAACUUUGAUCAAAAGUGAAUUGUAGUUCAGAUGUAUAUUGUAUAUAAUUGUACCUAUGAUAAUCAUAGUACUGUAAAAUUAAAUUAAAGAGCAAAGAACUUAUUUAUUUUUCUAUUUUAUAAAAUAAACUGUACAAAUUUCAAGUGUGGGUUCAUUCAUUUAAAAGUAGGAUUACCAUAUUCAAUGAACAUAAUUUCAAAAUAUGCAAUUGACUUUCGAGCUUUAAUACAACAAAACAAACUCCCAGUAUUAAUUUAUAAACAGUGCCAUCUUGAGAAAGAAACUGUAUGUAAUAUUUUGAACUCUAUAUUGCAAAUGUGUCAAAUCUUGUGUUUCAAGAUGGAACUUUUAUUGGCCAUACAACAGGUUGAAAUUAUAAACCAUGGUAUGGGUAUGCAUGAGCUAUAAUCUAUCAUGUAAACAAAAUCCAUAUUACCUUUAUUACCUAAGUCUGUACAUAUAUCUUUAUAAGUGCUGUUUCAAUGAAAUGCUAUUAAACCUUGAAACAGCCAGACCUCUUCUUCCCUACUUAAUAAUUUUAACAUAUAAAGUGCAAAACUGCAGAAUUGCAUUGUUAUCCACACAUUUAUUAUAUUUUUAAUAUUAACAAACCUACCUCCUCCACGAGGGCACACAAAUUCUCUUAUAAUGAGGCCCUCUGCAGUCUGAUGAUGUUGAUGUGUUCCGCCGUCAGACCCUGAGCGUAAUAUACCACACAGGCUGUUGUGGAAGAGGCAAAAUGGCUCAUGGCUGUGACGUCCACGGUCUUAAUUAUUUGCAAUUAAGAGCCCCAUGCAUAUAAACCACUAAACCCAUAGGUAUAGGAUAGUAAGGAGAUCUAUAUGUAUCACUAUAAAUGGCUAUAAUUUUAUAUAAAGUGCAAAAUAUCUGUCUUGAGUUUAUAUAUAUUAAAAAGUCACAAAUUGAAUAAAAAAAAACCUAUUAAAAAAUAAGUCUUUAAUAAAUUUAAUUAUAUUCAUCUUAAUUCAAUGCCGAAAGCAUUCACCUAUCAAAAUUUACAUAUCUAUAUGGUACCUUCCUUCUUCGCCGAAUCAUUUGCAUGUCAACUGGACUUCUGCGAUGAAAUUUCAGAUAUAAAUGCCGCCAUGUUUUACAAAUAUUCCACGUGACAAGACCAGGCCACAGAAUAGGAAGUUAUACCAGAAGCGUAACUCGAGCAAAUAUUUGUCCGCGUUUUUACAAGCGAUUCGUCAUCAAUCACGCCAUCCUGGCUAGUACAACCGGCACUUUGUACCUACCAAAUCCUGAUAAAAACUUCCGGCUGUACUAGCCAGGAUGGCGUGGCCUGACGUGAGCGAGUUAAAAUUUUCGUGGACCUCAAACAAUAAGGGAAACGACUAGAGUUACGCUUCUGGUAUAACUUCCUAUUCUGUGACCAGGCAGUGUGACCAGAUUUUUGCAAGGCAAUUACUAAAUAAGCAUGCAAAAAAUUACCAAAACGUAGAAAAAAUUACUAAAUUUCUGCUGUCGACCAAAGUGGUCUGAAAAUCAAUAAAACACUCAGUAAAACAAAAUCGGUAAAACGCUUUCCAUCACUGAAACUGUGUUUUUUCCCAUAUUUUUCUUUCCCACUCGUACUUUUUCAUUGAAUUUGUAUAAAAUGCAAAUAUGGUGCCGCCAUGACCAUGAUCGGACCCGGGCCCCGGUCCCUAGCCCGACAGGGUGAGUGGUGAUCAGCAGGAUUCCGUCGAUUCAGCUGGCUUGGGCCAGCAGCUUGCAAUUUGGAUGUACAGCUUUGCAGGCAUGGACCUGUAACUGUUCUCACUGAAUUUUUGAAUAACAGGUUGUGUCAUUAUGGCGUAUUUGGUUGAAUUUCAUGCGAUAACCAAAAUAUUACUAACUUUAAGAGAAAUUACUAAAAAUAUUACCAAAAAUUUUCAAUUACCAAAAAAGUCAGAAAAAUCGCGAAAUAUUACCAAAAGUAAUUAAAAUUACCAAAUCUGGUCACACUGAGACCAGGCACCACUGACCACAGAGUAGAGACAUACAGAGACGUAACUGAACGUCGUAAACACUGCGGAAGAUUACGUUUUCAUGUACCCACUUUUUUUCAGGCGACCGGGCGAAAAAUGAUCAACUGCGCGUGCUCAGCAAGUUUAAAGUGAGUCGUCACCAGGUCGUCAUCCAGUCAGAUGCAUGCAUCUAGUAACUUGCCGAGCAUGCGCACAAAAAAGUGGAUACACUAGUUCCGUCUCUGUAUGUCUCUACUCUGUGACCAUACUUCCACUAAAACACUAACGCACCGGAUUGGUUAAUAGAACUUUCUUGACAAAUAGCGUUUUUCAAUAGCUUCAGUUUCAUAUACAGCACAACGUUCAGUGUUGAGUAUUUCUGCUCAUAUCUCAGAAUCCCCCCCCCCCCCUGAGUUAGCCUCCCAGUUUACACAGAGUUCAAUGAUAUGGACACAAUGCUAAAUAAAAGAUAGAAGAUCAUUAAUACUGUCAUUAAUAAUAAGGCAAGACUUAGCAGUUGCAAGGAACGAUUAUGUGUCCGGAUACUUAACAGACAAUAUUCAAGAGAAUCCUAAAUCUUUCUGGUCAUCUAUAAAGAAAUCUAAAAGUGAUGGUUCUGUUGGAAUUCCUGACCUUAACAUCGGUGAGAAACUGACUGGUGACCCUUCUGCUAAGGCUAAUGGAUUAAACUAA